AUGUCUCCGGCCCCACAUCUGCCCCACAUGUUCCUCCGCUUCCUGCCCCCCCUCCGACCCCCCCCCCGGGCCCCAUCUGCCCCACGGGGCAUGGCAGAGAUGCCAGGACCCAGCCCCAUAGCGUCCAUGUACCAGCUGCUGUGCCGGGGGGGGCUGAGCAGGAUGCAUGAGAUGCAGGUGCAGGGCCGCGCUCGCUAUGGGCCCCUAUGGAAAGCUGCCUUCGGCCCCAUAGAGACUGUGCACGUGGCUCAGGCUGAGCUGAUCCAGCAGGUCCUGAGGCAGGAAGGGACAUUCCCGGUCAGAUCCCAACUGUCCUCAUGGAAGGAAUACCGGGAAUGGCGAGGGAGAGCCUGCGGGCUGCUGACUGCUGAGGGUGCUGAGUGGCUCCGGCUCCGCCGGCUCCUGGGGCGGCUGCUGCUCCAUCCCUAUAGGGCCUCAUCCUUCUCUGGUGCUGUGGGGUCAGUGGUGGCUGAGCUGGUCCUGGCCCUACAGCGGGAGGGGGAUGGGAACCCAGAGCACCUGGUGCGGGACCUGAGCAGCCACUUGUACCGGUUCGGGCUGGAAGCCUCCUCCGCUGUUCUCUUCGCCUCCCGCCUGGGUUGCCUGGAGCCAGAGGUCCCCUCCGCCCCGUCCGUGUUCAUCGGCUGCGUGCACAGCAUGUUCCGCACCACCCUGCUGACCAUGGCGCUGCCGAGGCUGCUGCUGCGCAUGCGCCACAGCCCCUGGGACACCUUCUGCCGAGCCUGGGAUGGACUGUUCGAGUUCGCCCAGCAGCACAUUGACCAUCGCGUGGCUGCGGUUGUAGCACAGCCGCACUCGGUACAUGGUGUGUGUGUCACUGACCUCCUGCUGCAGGAGGGGAUGUCCAUGGAGAGCAUCUAUGGGAACGUCACUGAGCUGCUGCUGGCUGGGGUGGACACGAUCUCCAGCACCCUGACCUGGAGCCUGUAUGAGCUGGCUCGGAACCCACAGGUACAGGCGGCUCUGUACCGGGAGCUGACCAGUACCAGCACCAACAACACCAGUACUGGUACCGGUAACAACACCAACACCAGUACCGGUAACAACACCAACACCAGUACUGGUACUGGUACUGGUACUGUGCCAUUGCUGAGGGCUGUGGUCAAGGAGACCCUCAGGCUCUAUCCCGUUAUUCCAGCCAACGCUCGCGUCAUUCCUGACCGCGACAUCCGUGUGGGUGAAUUCCUGGUGCCGAGAAAGACCCUCAUCACCCUUUGCCAUUACGCCGCAUCCCGAGACCCACGUGUGUUCCCGGCUCCGGAUCAGUUCCAUCCGGAGCGAUGGUUGUACCAACACCAUAGUGUCCAUCCCUUCGCAUCCCUCCCGUUCGGGGUUGGCAAACGCAGCUGUGUCGGUCGCCGCAUUGCUGAGCUCCAGGUGUACCAGGCACUGGCACAGAUCCUGCUGCGCUUCGAGGUGCGUCCGGAGCCAGGGGGUGGCCCCAUCCUGCCCAUGACCAGGACCCUCCUCGUGCCCUCGGCCCCUGUCAACCUCCAGUUCCUGCCCCGGUAGUGGGGUCUGCCCCAUAGACCCCAUAGACCCCAUUGAUGGGGUCU